GCGGGGGUGAGGGCUAUGAAUCUAGCUUUCUACUUUCAGCCGCUGCAGUACUAGAGACUUAGUUGCCACUUGAGAACCACAAAAAGGAUCAAAAAGGAUGUCAUUGACCGGGCGCUAUUGGAGCUCAAAUACGUCAUCGAAUCGUUUCCCAUUUUGCGCCAAAACACUCAGCCAUGUUCACUUCCCAAGUGAUUAAAACCCUGUGUUUGCUUGCCCUUGCUGCUGGGCAACGCCAGGACUGUGAGCAGGAUGAAGUUCAGCUGCUGCAAAUUCGUUCAGAUGACAAACAGAUGCAGAUUCCUGGCUUGGACAAGCUUGGGGACACUCUAGGUAAUGUGGUCGGUGCAGCGCAUGAAAUUGCCAAUCAAGGCAUUGGACAGGUGACGGCCAAGAUCAGUGACGCCCUCGAUAGCAUCGACAAGGACAUUCAGGAAGCCAGCCUGAAACUCAACAAGUCAGUCGACUCCUUUCGGGCCACCGCGAAUGCGACAGGCACGGUAAGCCAAAACCUGACCAAAAUGCAGAAACUGGUGACAGACACGGUAGAGCAGAUGGUUCCUUCGUACCAAGCAACCUUGGACAAGAUCGAAGCAGCCGUUGACACCACCAAAACAGUGCUCUCCGCUAUGGGUCAGAAGGAUCUCUUGGACAAGAUUGAUGGCUGCAAGUCCACUGCCACGAAUCAGUUGAGUUCUUUGGCCGACAAGACCCAGGCCAUUGCACAGGACAUGUCUGCUGCGACGGAGAAAGAACUGGGAGAAUCCUUGAAGAGGAUGGACUCGUUGCUGGAUCAGUCAGUUGAAACGGUCAAGUCUUUCAGGGGCAGCUUCAACGAACACUUGGCGACCUUUACCAGUUCUCUUGCCGGUCCUUUGGCAGUGGCACUCGGAGAUGAAACCCCAGAAAAGAUUGGCAACCUCACCAUGAAGGCGGAUGGUGUACUGAGCAACUUGCAGUCCUUGGUGGUGAAUGCCAGCACCGCUCUGCAGUCAUGUGGCACCAUGGUGGAUUCGACACUCACGCAGGUGAGCAGUGGUGGCUUUCUGGGACGCAUUUUCAAGGGCAUUUUCGGCUGAUUUCAGCUGAUCGGGAAAGGGAACGAAAUACAUCCAAACACCCUGAUGUACAGGUUGUGCCAGCGAGCUAAGUAACGUUGUAAGACGGUGAAAGUAGUCAUCAUGGGUGUGUGGAGCGUGUUGGAACUGUUUUUGCUUGGACUAGGUCACUGGGUCAACUGAGACGCAGGGAGACCAAAGACUAGCCAAGCUGGCCUGAAAAGCAUUGCUGAGCC